GACACCACGAGCUGCACACAACCUUCCUCAAGGCCGCCAUGUUGUCUUCUUCUUUGGGGCUUUAAUGGCGGAUCGCAACCAGCUCUCCUCGAUUAGAUGUGACGGCAGGUAGCGUGGUGGUCACGUGAUGACGUAUGACGUCUCCUCGCCUGCCAUGAGCGCAGAUAAGCGGCCGCACUGCGCAUGCGCACUGUGCUGCAACAACAUGGAGGUGUUCGUGAGCUCUCCCGGGUCCAGCUUCUCGAACGCCGUGUUCCCGGACGGGUCUCUGGUCCGGGAUGUUCUGACCCGGUUCGUGCGGCAGCAGGGCGGAGCUUCUUCUUCUUCUGCAGGUUUCUACGUGGUGCGUAAUGGCCGCCUGUCUCCGCUGGAGGACCCUCUGCAGCCCGGAGCCGUCUAUCACCUGGAGCCCCGCCUCUGUGGGGGGAAGGGAGGGUUCGGCUCCAUGCUGCGAGCUCUGGGCGCUCAGAUCGAGAAGACGACGAACCGAGAGGCCUGCAGGGACCUGAGUGGGCGGAGACUGAGGGACGUGAACCACGAGAAGGAGAUGGCGGAGUGGCUGAAGAACCAGGCGGAGCGCGAGGCGGAGAAGGAGCAGCGGCGGGUGGAGCGGCUCCACAGGAAGCGGGCGUCGCCCCAGCACCAGUUCAGCGACCCCGAGUACCAGAGGCAGUGCCACGACCUGUCGGAGCGGCUGGAGGACUCGGUGAUGAAGGGUGAGGAAGACGAGCCGCGGCGCCGUGACCGCGGGCUGACGGCCGCGUGCCCUGCUCCAGGUCUGCAGGUGGAGGACGGCUCCAAGAGACGGAGCGCCGCCGACGGAGAGCCGCCGCAGAAGAAGAAGCAGAAGAAGAAGAACACGGCGGCCUGCUUCUGGACGGGGGUCGGCGAGAUGCUGAGCUCAGAGGAGGAAGACGAGGAGGAGGAGGAGCAGCCUGAGCAGACCAGCUCGUCCUCAGACCACCAGACCAGCAGAACUGCAGGGGGUCAGGGUCCCCCAGAAACCCCCAGAGACCAGACCAGCAGACCCCCAGAAAACCCCACCAGACCCUCAGAGGACCAGGGUCCCUCAGGAACCCCCACAGACCAGACCGGCAGACCCUCAGAGGACCAGGAUGUGUCUCCGCAGCAGGACCGGCCUCUGGUGGACCUGGCCUCCGUGGACCGGGCCUCUGUGGACCGGCCUCUGGUGGACCUGGCCUCGGUGGACUGGGCCUCUGUGGACCAGCUGGAGUCUCUGGGCCUGGAGGUCCUGAAGGAGGAACUGAUGUCUCGGGGGCUGAAGUGUGGGGGGACGCUGAAGGAGCGCGCACAGCGCCUGUUCUCCGUCAGAGGCCUGACCCCGGACCAGAUCGACCCGGCAGCGCUCGCCAAGCCACGGAGGAAGUGAGGUCACGGCUCCAGGAGAAAGUGAGGUCACGGCUCCAGGAGGAGGCGUCGGCCAAUCAGAAUGCAGGAUUUCCCUUUUUAUUGUAAAACCUGUUUAUUCGUUGUUCUGUUCAAUUUGCAUUAAAGUUUCUGAAACGAA